AUGCUACAGGAACCCAUCCUUCAUCUAAGUUCGGAAAAGGAAAAUCUUAAUUCUACUUUCCUCUCUACCAUAUCUCAUUCCAGAAGAAAGGCUGAUAAGUCUAGCACCGAAGAUAUCAAGGGAUUUUGUAGAGUUACACAAGAAAAGAGAAUGCCGGGUCUUUCCACUACUCCUCGCACUCAGGGUCAUUGUAGGUCCGGAUCAACUAAUACUGAUCCUAUAUUCGUUCGUCCGAAUUCUCAAGUAUCCUCCAAACUGCGAGUAGUCGGUGAACCUACAUUGAAGAAGUCGUCUAGCUACCAAAAUAUAAAAACUGUCAAUAGCGGGAAAGGGCAGACAACAAUGCAUUUAUCUAAUCUUCAGGUUACUCAACCGGGUAAAAAAAGAAACCUUAAUUGUAAGCAAAAACACCACAACAGUGCUGCUAGCAUCCCUACAGUUUGUUCUAAAACCUCUGAGCUGACUUCGUCGGAACCUCAUUUUCAAACCCACCUUAACACCCAAUCUAACGCUCACCGCAUAUCUGUGAACAGUGACCUACUUUCACGUGUAGAAAGGGAGAAGAAGCAAUAUGAAGCUCGGAUAUCCGAGUUAACACAAGUCACAGAAACACGCAAGAUGGAAAUAGAGAAGUUAACAUUUGAAGUUCGCCGUGCUAAAGAAGAAGCAUCUAAAGCUGUUUUGUUGACAGAGGAAACUAAACUUGAAAAUAUCCAGCUCCGAAAUCAGUUGCUAGCCCUCGGAAGUCCAUGUAAAAAAGAUGGAGAUCAAAGUUCUUGCGUAGAAACCCAUCAGAACAUAAAAUCGAACACUACAGGUGCUAGUUCACGCAAGCUAUUCGCCUGCACUUCCUCUCCUCCUGAAUCACUUGGCACAACAACACGUCUUACCCCAGGUGGAGCUACCACUGCAUUUACUGGAGGUGUUACAGCUAGUUCAUUAUCAAGUGACUGGAACGACGUGGCACCAGGGUUUGACUUAUGCCCCACUGAAGAACCUACUGUAUAUGAUACUAACUAUGCAAGUGAUUUGGAAAAUAUUAGAAGUAAUAGAGACCAAAAAGAAAAUCCAGUUGUUAGUAUCGCCACUCUCCAAGGACGUUUAUUGCAAAUGGAAGAGGCCAACUAUACCACCAACGAAGAACUCCAGGCCACAUUACAAGAACUGUGGGAUUUGCAACGCAGUGUUGAUGAGGCUCAUGAAGAGGCUCACAGUCUUGCCUUUGAGCGCGCAAUUUUACUGGAAGCCCUUUCAACCCAAACUUCAAAACUAGAACACUGUCGAUUUCAAAUUGAACAGUUAAAACACUUGUUGCUCACAGAUCGUAGCGCCCAAACUCCUGGUUCACGAGAGAAUCACUUUUGCGAGUUAUAUGCUUCCAUCGAGCAAGAAAAACAAGUACUGCUAGGUCAGAAUAAUGACUUGGCUCAAAGUUCCGAAAGUCUUGCUCGUGAAUGUCGUAUUUUGACAGAAAAGGCGUCAGCUUUACAAGACAGUUAUGAUGCUUUAGAAGCCCAACAUUCUUCCUUAGAAAAAGUAUACCAAUCUGUUUCUUCAGAAUUAACGUCCCUUAAAAAUCAAAUUUCUGUGGAUUGCUGUCAGUGUUCACUGAAUAAACAGAAUGAUAAAUCAGAUCAUUUAAAAAGAGUUAACAUUGCCGUUCAAACUAAUUGUGUUUUGCUUAUUGACUCACUUGAAAACCCUCUCUCUGUAUCCGUUAAUGAGGAUAAAAAGAAACUGGGCGAAAUCACUGUUGAAUUGCAUAAAAUUAAAGAGAAGUAUGAAAUUCUACUUUGUGAACGUGACCGUGAGCAAACUGAAUGGCGAUUAUAUGAACGGGAUUUGCUAAAAGCAGUUCAAGUUGCUGAUGAAAUUAAAACUGAGUCCGAACUAGAAUCUCGUCGCCUAAACUCAGAGAACACAUCUCUCAAAGAACAAGUUGAAAAAUUAACUAAAGAUUCUACCCGUAUGAAUUCAGAAAUUACAGUAUUAAAAGAUAAAAUCAACUUAUUAUCAUCUAGAAAAAUUGGAAGUGAACAUCAAAACUUAACUUCUGAUUUUCAUUUAUCAUCAGAUAGAACGGAUAAGUCAAAUCGCGGUUCUACCUCAGUUUCAUCUACAUCUUCAUCAAACAAGCAAAUCUUAUCAAAUAAUCAGAAUAUUUGCCCGAGUAGUUCCGCUUAUCUUACAACAAAUACAACAACUAAUUCAUGUCGUUUAACACCUGGCACACUGACAGAUAAUAGUUAUGCUGGACGCAAUAGUAUAAUGCAUCCUUUUACUACACAUCGUUCCACUGGAUUUAAUCACACAAGUCACUUACAUUCUGCCUAUCCAGGUUCACCUGGAGCACCAGGUCGACCUAGUGCUUUAUCAACUGGGCCAACUGUACGCAGUUUAAUUCAAAGUAUUGAAAAUCAGGUCAAAGCGGUUCAACAUCAAAAACGCAGUACAACAUCUGUAUCAGUCAGCAGUUCACGUCCAGUCCGUUUAUACACUAAUACCAAUAAUGAUUAUAAUAAUGGGACAAAUAAUCGACAAAAUAUUUCAUCAUGUCUUAGUUUAAUGUCACCAACUGGAUAUCCUGGAAAGUUGACUACAUCUAGUAAUAACAAUAAUAUUAAUAAUGGGAGCACUAAUAAUGGAAACAAUAGUACUGGUAAUUCUACUUCAGCUCAUCAACUGAAAUCAAGGGCAACUAUCACUAAUCCUGUCAGUUCAUCAGAAGUUAAUUACAAACUGAAGAAUCAAGAAAAUACAGAUAUGAAUAGUUUGAUCCAUACAUCAGCACCUGGUGGACCAAGUUCCACUAUAUUAAAUAAUCAAAAUACAGUAAAGAAGUUUCCAUCAGAUAACAUUUCUACUACUAACAAUAAUAAUAGCAACAAUAAUCAACGUAACAUUAAAACACCACUUGGUACAUCAAGUAUCAUGAAUUCAACUGGAGCAACAGUGUUUGGUAAUAUGAAUCAAUUUACUAAAAUAGAUUCAAAAGAUGUUUUACUGAGACGUAAUAAUAGUGUUUGUGGAUCAAUUAUAAACCCUGGGUUGAACACUAAUAGUAAUAGCAAUAAUAAUAAUAAUAAUAUAAUUGAGAAUAGUAAUUCAUCGCCUAGUGUUGUACAAGUAUUUACUGCAAAUAAAAUUACUACUGAUCAUCCUACUACUACUACUACUGCUAGUGGUGAUGGAUCAUGCGACAAUUCCAAGACUGAUUUAAUGAUAAGACAUAGAGAAUCUCCAUCAAGAUCAUUAGAUUUAGUGAGUUUUCGACGUUUCACAUCGACAACUAUCCCAGACAGUAGUAGUAAUAAUAAUAAUAAUAAUAAUGUGAAGUUACAUACAGCCGCUGGUAAAAGUGCAACCAAUAUUAAUCCAAAUGAAAAUAAUCUUAAUUCAUUCAUACAUGAAUCUGACAUUACAACAACAACACCAACUGACACUCCUACAAAUCCUAAUAUUCUUAAUAAAAACUUACUGUCAACUAAUACUACUACUUCUACCACACAAGAUCAUCAUUCGAAUACAUCAACUAAUUUUCACAGUACUAGUAGUAUUCACCAAGUAUGGCAAGAUCCAUUACAAGAAUUAGCUAGGCUAACUGGAGCAGGUUCAAAACGUAAUGCUUUACUACGUUGGUGUCAAUCACGUGUAUUAGGUUAUCGUGGUGUAGAAGUGACCAAUUUCUCUAGUUCAUGGAAUAAUGGUUUAGCAUUUUGUGCUCUAUUGCAUACAUAUGUUCCAUCAAAAAUUCCAUGGAAUGAUUUAAUCACAUCAAAUGGUUUACCUAUUGAUAAACGAUAUUGUUUUGAAAUUGCUUUUAAAGUUGCUGAAAGUGAAGGUAUCCCAACUACACUUCAAUUACAAGAUAUGCUGACAACUGAACGACCUGAUUGGAAUUCUGUCAUGACUUACAUCACUUCAAUAUAUCGACAUUAUGAAGUAGAAGCGUUGAAUUCAUCUACUACUACAGGUAGUAUGGAUUGAUGGUGACAAUCAUAGCAGCAUCAAUGCGCAUUCUGGAUUAGUGUCUAAUACCGCUAUCUAAAUUUCUUGUUUUGUUUCUAUUUCUCUUCUCUAAUUGUUGUGAAUAUACAAUCUGGUACAUACCUACCUAAAUACAUAUAUCUAGUGUACUUUCAAAUCGGCUAAACACAGGGAUCUUUUUGUUAUCUUCAUUCUUUUUUUUUGAACAAAUUACAAACAAACAAAACUACAAAAAAACAGUCUGCAAUACGCUCAAUUUAUGUAUAUAACUACAAAUGAUCUUGUCUUCCUUUUAUUUGUUUGUUUGCAAUGGUUUUUCACUCAAUCUAGGACUAUAUACACAAUUAUAUUGCUCAACCUAAUUUUUCCCCCAUUGCAUUCUAUGCAUACAUGUGUAGAUAAAUAUUUCAACAAAAAAAAUAAUAAUUCAUGUAUACAUAGUAAACUAUCCCUUGGUUUUUGUGUUCUUUAUCCACCUACAUUUCUACCUAGUUUUAACAAUAUUUACAUUUUCUUAUUCUACAGAACACUUUUUUCUUCAUAAACAUGACAUUUUCAUUGUUUACCUGUUGAAAUAUAGCCUAAAUGACUGAGAUAUAGUUAUUUGUUGGCUACUAAA